GGGCUCCGACAUCCCAACCAUGUCUGUGUCUCUCUCUUUUCUCUUUUACCUGAUCCGAUUCCACAUAGGAGUCUCUCUCUCUCUCUCUCUCUCUCUGAAUGUCUUCAUGUGAGAGAGAAGACCAACCGAAGAAUAUAAAGAGGACGACAAAUAGAAGGCUCCCUGUGGCUGUGGGGUGGGUUCCGUCUCCUCAACCCUUGUUCCCUCCCUCUCUCUCGGGUGCUGAAACAAUUUUGCCUGUGCCCAAGAAAAAAAAAGCUCUCAGAGACCGAUACCCACAAACUUGAUCCUCCUCCCUUUGAUUAUGAAGAUGCCAACCUCACCCUUCGGCAGGAAUUUCAAGGGCUACUGGAAGAAGGCCAACCUCCUGAGGCUCACGCUCAUCGUCGGCGUUUGCUCCAUCUUCUACCUGCUGGGCUUACACCAGCACGAAACCGGCGUAGCCGCAGUCUUGAACUCUGGCAUUUCCUGCAGCAUCCCGGCCAACUUCACCGUCUACGGCCACCAAUCCGUCGAGCUCGACUUCGACGAGCACCAUGCGGCGGAGAACCUUAGCCAGCCGGAGGCGGCCGCCAACUGGUCCCGCUCCUUCCCGCCCUGCGACAUCCGCUACAGCGAAUACACGCCCUGUGAGGACCGGGACCGAUCGCUGCGCUUCGACCGCGAGCGGCUGGUCUACCGCGAGCGCCACUGCCCCGAGCGGAACGAGCUGCUCAAGUGCCGGAUCCCCGCGCCGCAUGGCUACAAGUUGCCGUUCCAGUGGCCGGAGAGCCGGGAUUGGGCCUGGUUCGCUAACGUUCCCCAUCGGGAGCUCACCGUUGAGAAGGCCGUCCAGAACUGGAUCCAGGUGCAGGGCCAGCGAUUCCGGUUCCCCGGCGGUGGCACUAUGUUUCCGCGCGGCGCUGACGCGUAUAUUGAUGAAAUCGAGAGGCUGAUUCCCUUUCGAGACGGGUCUAUCAGAACCGCCAUCGAUACCGGUUGCGGGGUGGCGAGUUGGGGAGCUUACCUCUUGUCCAGAGGAAUACUGACCAUGUCCUUCGCGCCAAGGGAUACGCAUGAAGCUCAGGUGCAGUUCGCGCUAGAGCGCGGCGUCCCGGCAAUGAUCGGAGUCAUGGCGUCAAGGAAGCUCCCGUACCCGUCUCGCGCUUUCGACAUGGCGCAUUGCUCCCGUUGCUUGAUUCCAUGGCACAAAUAUGAUGGGCAGUACCUGAUGGAGGUGGAUCGGAUUCUGCGGCCAGGAGGUUACUGGAUUCUCUCUGGCCCGCCCAUCAACUGGAAGCGCCAUUGGAAAGGGUGGGAAAGGACUCAGCAGGACCUCAGCGAGGAACAAUCAGCAAUUGAAGUGGUUGCUAAGAGUCUCUGCUGGAAGAAGAUAAAGGAGAAGAACGACAUCGCAAUUUGGCAGAAACCCACAAACCACAUUCACUGCAAGCAAAACAGGAAGGUCAUCAAGUCGCCGCCUUUCUGCCAAGGCCAGGAUCCUGAUUCUGCAUGGUACAAGAACAUGGAGACCUGCAUAACGCCGCUUCCAGAGGUCAACGGGAUACAGGACAUAGCCGGAGGAAAGUUGCAGAAGUGGCCAGAGAGAUUAACAGCGGUGCCGCCACGAAUUAGCAGCGGGAGCAUCCAAGGUGUUACAGAGGAGGCCUACAAGGCCGAUACAGAGCUCUGGAAGAAGAGGCUGAGUUAUUACAAGACGGUGAUAAACCAACUAGAGCAGAAAGGAAGGUAUCGGAAUAUCUUGGUUAUGAAUGCCCAUCUUGGCGGGUUCGCGGCGGCGCUGGUGGAAGAUCCGGUGUGGGUGAUGAACGUCGUUCCGGUGGAGGCUAAGCUCAACACUUUGGGUGUGAUAUAUGAAAGAGGGCUGAUCGGGACUUACAUGAGCUGGUGUGAAGCAAUAUCCACGUACCCAAGGACAUACGAUCUCUUGCAUGCUGAUUCAAUAUUUACCUUGUACAAGGACAGGUGCGAGAUGGAGGACAUACUGCUGGAGAUGGACCGGAUACUGCGGCCGGAGGGAACGGUGAUCUUCAGGGACGACAUCGACGUCAUCGUGAAGGCGAAGCCCAUCGUGGACGCGCUGCAAUGGGACAGCCAGAUCAUCGACCACGAGGACGGCCCCAUGGUCCGGGAGAAACUCCUCGUCGCCCAAAAGCUCUACUGGACCGCCCCCGACGCCGAUCAGCCCUCCCGCUGAACCAAGCAAGAAAUCAAGAGGAAGAAACGAAAAGACGACCAUGAAAAAGGAACAGAAGUUCGAGAAACACGGCAAACAAGAGACAGAGAAGCUGAAAACGAAGAUGAAGGCUUCAGGGAAGUAGGUGAGGGAGACGAACUGAAGAGUGUUUCUUCGAAGCGGGAAUCGCGCUUUCUCUUGGCAGGCGAGAGAGUGAGAGAGAGAGAGAGAGCGCGCCACGGCCGGGAGUAGACAAACGUCCGUCCGGCUUCCCGCCUUUUUUUUUCAAUUUUUCAUAUAUAUUUUAUUUUUCUAUUCUCCUUCUUCCCGCCAAAACCGAUGAUCUUUUUCCCUCUUCCUCGAUUCGGGAAGAAGGCUUUUUCUUUGUGUGCAAUCUAUGCUAAUCCCGGGUAUCUUCUAGCUCUUUCUA